UACGUCUACAACGGGUAUAUUCUUUCUUGCCAAUACGUUGGCCGACUUUCUUCUGUAUAUUGGCUUCUUCCUUCACAUAGUGUGUCAGUAAGGUGUCGGUACAUCGUUUCAAGAGGCGAUACUUUCUUGUCAAUACAUUGGCUUUCUUUCACACGGUAUGUUGGGGGUCAGACGAUCUCACAGUCACCACCAAAU